GGCAAAAUGUAUGCUGUCAUUGGUAAACGUCAUGGCAAGAUUUUAUCUGGUGAUUUGACUCAGGGCUCUGGCAACUUUUCCGUCAUGGCCAUAUUGCCAGUAAUUGAGUCGUUCAACUUUGCCCAAGAGAUACGAAAACAAACAUCUGGUCUGGCGUGUCCUCAACUAAUGUUCAGUCAUUGGGAGGUUAUUGAUAUUGAUCCAUUUUGGGUUCCUACAACGGAAGAGGAAUUUAUGCAUUUUGGUGAAAAAGCCGAUUCGGCAAAUCGUGCCAAACUCUAUAUGGAUAGCGUUAGACGCCGCAAGGGUCUGUAUGUUGAUGAAAAGGUGGUCGAACAUGCUGAGAAACAACGUACUUUAAGUAAAAAGAAGUAGAGAGAUCGAUGUCUGUCUGAAGCGAUGGAGAUGGCGAAAUAAAGUGCUGCUUUAAAAAUUUGUACAAUAUUUUUGUACAAAAUAAGUAAUAAUAAAGAAAUUUUACUAUAAAAAAUUUAAA